AUGUCAGGCUUAUCAGACGAUACGCUGAGGAAGAUCCUCACUCAAAUUCAACAGCAGGCAAUCCAAUCCCAAAAACAACUGUCCAUCGUCCGAGCUCAAAUCCAAUCGAAAGAGAAAGAAAAGAAGAUAUUAUCGUUGACUGUGAGGGAACUCGAUACUGUCCCUAGAGAUGGAGUGAUGUACAAGGGCGUAGGGAAGAUGUUCAUACAGCAAGAUCGAAAAGAGGUGGAUUCAGAACAUUCAACUCAAGAGAAACAGCUGAAUGAUGAAUUGAGUAAUUUAACGAAGAAGUCGAAAUACCUCGAAAAGCAAUUCGACGAAGCUAAUUCGCAGUUGAAGGAUAUCUUUCACAGUCAACAGCGUCAAGCUGCUUAA